GGGUUUCGGAUAGCCGCCGCCACCUAGGCGAGGGCCGGCUGGGGGCCGGCUGGGGGCCAACACCAAUCAAGUUCCGGUUCAUUCUCUCCGGCAUGCGCAUGCUCACUCGUCCCAUUCCGUACGACUUAUCGCCAUGUCCGGCUUGAACAUGGACACAUCCAUGAGCGUGGAGCAGACAGCACUUAGCGCCGCCAUUUCGCUUAGACUGUCCGGGGUUCUUUGCAUCGUUCAUCCAAUUGGAGCUCAUGGGUUGACUUACACGAAGCGAACCCCGCGCGAAUUCAGAGCACAGCUGCUGUUGGCCUGCAAGCGCCUGGAACGCCUUGUGACGAAACUGACCUUCUCGCGAACCGUUUCUACACAUCCCAACGCGGAUUCACAACUAUACCUCCAACAUACUCCCGCGCGCCCAACAUGAUGAACUGCGGAGUCUUCAAAGCUCGUCGUUCUCAAACGAAAUUAUCGAAAAGCCUACAACAACAGCUGCUCGCUGCUCUCGCCAAGACAGAGGUCGAAUCGCGCUCGAAGGGAAUACAACAACCUCCAGUGACGGGAGAUCAGUAUCGUAACGCGCCAGUGCAACCCUCCAAGAGGCCAUUUAAUGCAACUUCUGUCACUGAUUCGUUGCCCGCGAAGAGGCCGCGAUUGACAUCCAUAGACGCACCACCGUUUACAGUUGAGGACACUGGGGAAGAGCAAGAAGACCAAGGAACACAGAACAUAUCACAGACGAUCUUACAACAGCCAACGCCAGAGCGCCCGAAGCACCGGUACGCCUCGUUUCUCGAAAAUUUCGCUGGCUCAGCCUGCUCGGAUCAGCCCGAUUGUGCCGCCGACCUUGUCUUCGAGUGGCUUGAAACCGUCGGACGAGAGCGAGAAGCUCGUUGCCGUUCAGACAGCUACAUCAGCACCUCAAUUCCCAGGCAGCCUACACGAUCUGUGCAAGAAAUGAGCCAUUCACGAUAUCAGGAUGGAUUUGUCGUGCCCCCCACGCCUGCUUCGACUGGAUCCUUAUCGGUUGAUGGAAUACAGUCCGACUUUACCGCUGCCACACCAGGUUCAGGCCGGUCGUCUGGAAGGAGUCUUGUGGAGGAUCCAUUGUACCGGGAUAUCAAUCUGGCUGCGAAUAAUAUUUAUUUACGUCACUCGUGCGAUCCUCUUCCCGAAAAUAUAGCCGACUUGGUUGCCCGCGUACAUCGAGCUCGGGACUCACCCGGCCCAUCCUCAGACGAUCUCAAGCACAACCGGGAUCUCUAUGAUCUUUCAAUGGGUACAUCAGAGCCUGAAGUGGAGAAGUACUUCCACACGCAUGUUUUCCCCGAUCCGAAGUCAUUCGAAACCCUGAAGCGCAGCGACAGACAACCGAUGGCCAAGCACACAGUUCCUAAUACUGGAUCCAAGUAUAAGGUCAGCACUCCAGUACCGGACACGCUCUACGGAUACAAUCGCCAGAACGCCUUUCCUCAGCAGCAAGGUCAGCUCUUAUCCAUGGGAAGCGAGAUGGUAGCCAAUAACCAGGGACUGAUAUAUCCAUUCUUUGCUAUUGAGUUCAAGGGUGAUGGCCCCUCUGGGUCUGGCAGCUUGUGGGUGGCGACCAACCAAUGUCUAGGUGCAUCAGCUUCGUGUUUGAAAAUCGCUCAACGCCUCAAUCACCUACUGAGAGAUUGUCAAGGCGGCAGCGUACAGUCGAUUGGCAAUGCUGCAUUCGGAAUCGCUAUGAGCGGAACAGAGGCGCGACUUUAUGUGUCCUGGAUACAAAAUGAGCUCGACUUCCAUAUGGCAAAUGUCGAUAGCUUCUUGCUCCAGAAACCCAACGAUUAUAUAGAGUUCCGCAAAUAUGUUCGGAAUAUCAUUGACUGGGGUGGUGAUGAGCGGCUGAAAGAAAUUCAGGAGUCUUUAGACUUUCUUUUGGAGAAGAGCAGAAAGGAGGCUUCGGCUGCUGCGAGAUCUCGCCCACCACCAUCCACUGGCUCUAACAGUACGAAGAAGCGUAAGUCCUCGACAACGCCGAGCGUGAUCAGCAGCAGAUCCACCAACAUACAAGAACGAGGCGUCGGUCAAGAGAUACAAUACUGGGAAUUGGAUCCGACGUCUGAGAGAUGGUUUCACAGACACGCCAACGGGACGGUAACUUGGGCAGAAGGGAACGGGCGGUCGUGAGUCACAGCCUGUGUAGGAUGGUGCAGAUCACGGAAAUAGUACCAGUCUGUGAUUCAUUUCAUGCCAAAUCUUUUGAAAAGUAAGACCUGUAUAUGGUAUAUAGUGAGGGCAACUUCAAAGCUGGAAAGAUUCAAGUCUCCAUAGGGUGUGUAUCAAUCCUGAUCAAGAACAUGGCCGAAGUACGUUCCAAGAGUACAUAAGCCAAAUGCGUUCCAGAUUCUCCGAGCACUAAAUCGACCUCCCACGACUGAUUGUCUGUGCCUGGUUAUCUAGGCUGGAGUAAUCAGGCAAGGCGGUGUUUUUCUCCUCGUAGGACACGGCUGCACCGAGAGCGGAGCCUUUCGGUGCCUAUCAGUCAUUUUAUUCAAAUCGUGU